AUGUCCCGCGUGAGGAAAAGGCGGCCCGCCUUUCUGCUCCUUUUCCUGAUUGGCAGCCUUUUCCUGUGGGAGGAACACAGUGGCAAACGAGUGAGCUCCUUUUCCGGGGUGUCCCCCCUGGGGGGUGGAAGGCGCGCCUUCUUCUUCAUUGGAGGACCCCUGCAGAGGGAAGAUCGGGGGUGGGCAAGUGGAACCCAACGCACCAGACAACCCCUCGACGGAGCGAAAAAAACACAUGUACAAGCAGAUGGAACUGUGGGUACCCGGCGAAGCGGAGCACAUGGCAGACUGUUCUACAACAUGGGUAGACACCCCAGUGAGAAAAAUGUUGAAAAGAGAGGAACAUAUGAGCGGUUACCUGACCAGCAAGGUGUGUAUAAAUCUGGUCGUUCAUGUGUCCGCCUCUCUCCCCUGCGCAUGAGUGAUGAAGAGUACACUAUAAACUCAGACGAUUACACAGAGAAGGCAUGGGAAGCAAUAACUACACUAAAUAAGAUAGGAGAAAAAUAUGAAUCUGCUUAUGUAGAAGCAGAGAUGCUUCUUCUUGCUCUGUUGAAUGAUGGUCCGGAGGGACUGGCUCAGAGGAUCUUAAAAGAGAGUGGCAUUGAUACAGAUUUGCUCAUGCAAGAGAUUGACCAGUAUUUAAAAAAGCAACCUAAAAUGCCAAGUGGAUUUGGCGAACAGAAGAUUUUAGGCCGGACAUUACAAGCAGUGUUAGGUACAAGUAAGAGGUUGAAAAAGGAAUUCCAUGACGAGUACAUUUCAAUUGAACAUUUACUGUUGGCUGUGAUUGCAGAAGAUUCAAAAUUCACUCGACCAUGGUUACUCAAAUACAAUGUGAAUUAUGAAAAAGUGAAAAAAGCAACAGAAAGAGUUCGAGGGAAAAAAAAAGUAACUUCAAAAACGCCAGAGAUGACUUACCAAGCGUUGGAAAAGUACAGUCGUGAUUUAACUGCUUUGGCUAGAGCAGGUAAAUUAGAUCCUGUUAUAGGUAGGGAUACUGAAAUUAGAAGAGCGAUUCAAAUUUUGUCUAGGAGGACAAAGAACAACCCAAUCUUGUUAGGUGACCCCGGGGUUGGUAAAACAGCUAUUGUUGAAGGGUUGGCCAUAAAAAUCGUUCAAGGAGAUGUGCCAGAUUCGUUGAAGGGAAGGAAGUUAGUCUCCUUAGAUUUGUCUUCUUUAAUUGCAGGAGCAAAAUAUAGAGGUGACUUUGAAGAAAGACUGAAAGCUAUAUUGAAAGAAGUACAAGAUGCAGAAGGACAGGUGGUUAUGUUCAUAGACGAAAUACAUACCGUGGUUGGGGCAGGAGCAGUAGCAGAAGGUGCUCUAGAUGCAGGGAAUAUAUUGAAGCCUAUGCUUGCUAGAGGAGAGUUGAGGUGUAUUGGUGCCACCACAGUCAGUGAGUACAGACAGUUCAUUGAAAAAGAUAAAGCAUUGGAGAGAAGGUUUCAGCAAAUAUUGGUAGAACAACCUAGUGUUGAUGAAACCAUUAGCAUAUUAAGGGGGCUAAAGGAAAGAUAUGAGGUACAUCAUGGAGUUCGUAUAUUAGAUUCUGCUCUUAUUCAAGCAGCCGUUCUGUCGGACAGGUAUAUUAGUUAUAGGUUCCUUCCAGAUAAGGCCAUCGACCUGAUUGAUGAGGCCGCGUCAAAUUUAAAAAUUCAAUUGUCCAGCAAGCCCAUUCAGCUCGACAAUAUUGAAAAGCAGCUCGUGCAGCUCGAAAUGGAAAAAAUUUCCAUCCUGGGCGACAGCCCACGCGGUGUGAGUAGCGGUGUGAGUAGCGGCGUGGUGAGCGGUGUUAGCAGUGUUAGCAGUGUUAGCAGUGUUAGUAGCGGCGUGAGUAGUGGCAGUGGCAGUGGCAGCGGCAGCGGCAGCGGCAGCGGCAGGAAUGGCGCGCCCCAUGGGGCGGCUGCCCAGGCGGAGGAGGCGUCCGUGGAUUAUUCGCAGAGCCCGAAUUUUUUGAAAAAAAAAAUUAACGAAAAGGAGAUCAACCGACUCAAAAUGAUAGACCACAUAAUGAGCCAACUGAGGAAGGAGCAAAGGAGUAUCCUCGAGUCCUGGUCUUCUGAAAAAAGUUACGUGGACAAUAUAAGAGCCAUUAAGGAAAGAAUUGAUGUUGUUAAAAUUGAAAUAGAAAAGGCCGAGAGGUAUUUCGAUCUGAAUAGAGCAGCUGAGUUGAGAUUUGAAACUUUACCUGACCUAGAAAAACAAUUGAAACAGGCAGAAGACAAUUACUUAAAUGAUAUUCCAGAGAGGAGUCGCAUGCUCAAAGAUGAAGUGACGAGUGAAGAUAUUAUAAACAUUAUAAGUCUGUCCACAGGGAUAAGAUUAAAUAAACUUCAAAAGUCAGAAAAGGAAAAAAUAUUAAAUUUAGAAAAUGAAUUACAUAAACAGAUCAUUGGCCAAGAUGAUGCAGUUCGUGUUGUUGCUAAAGCGGUACAGAGAUCUCGUGUAGGGAUGAAUGACCCCAAGAGACCUAUUGCUUCUUUAAUGUUCUUAGGUCCUACAGGAGUGGGGAAAACAGAAUUGUCUAAAGUGUUAGCAGAUGUACUAUUCGAUACACCAGAUGCAGUGAUUCAUUUCGACAUGUCUGAGUACAUGGAAAAACAUUCUAUAAGUAAGUUGAUUGGAGCUGCUCCUGGUUAUGUGGGAUAUGAACAAGGGGGUCUUUUAACAGAUGCAGUGAGGAAGAAACCUUACUCCAUUAUCCUAUUUGAUGAGAUUGAAAAGGCACACCCAGAUGUAUAUAAUUUAUUACUUCGUGUUAUUGAAGAAGGAAAAUUAACAGACACAAAAGGAAAUCUAGCCAAUUUUAGAAACACUAUAAUUAUUUUCACUUCCAAUUUGGGUAGCCAGAGCAUCCUAGACCUAGCAAAUGACCCUAACAAAAAGGAAAAAAUAAAAGAGCAGGUCAUGAAAUCGGUAAGAGAAACCUUCCGUCCUGAAUUCUACAACAGAAUUGACGACCAUGUUAUAUUCGACAGUCUGUCGAAAAAGGAACUAAAACAAAUUGCUAAUAUUGAAAUUGAAAAAGUGGCUAACAGACUGAUGGACAAGAAUUUCAAAAUCUGCAUCGACGAUGCUGUGUUUUCUUAUAUUGUGGAUAAGGCAUAUGACCCCGCCUUUGGGGCCAGACCUCUUAAGAGAGUCAUACAGUCCGAAAUUGAAACGGAAAUCGCCGUGCGUAUUUUGAAUGAAACCUUCCAGGAGAAUGACACCAUCCGCGUCUCCCUCAAGGACGGCGCGCUCCACUUCGCCAAGGGGUAA